GGCGGUAAGAUGGCGGCGCUCGGAGACAACUCAGCUCCGGGGAUGAACGGGUUAAUACAACAAUUCACAGCAAUAACAGAGUUAUUGCUUGAAAGACAACCCUUCAAACUAUUACAGGGGCCACAGAGAGUGUGGGAAAACAUAUGCUGGAAGCAUGCAACAACAACCUGGAGAUGGCAGUGACUAUGUUUCUGGAUGGAGGGGGAAUAGCAGAGGAGCCCAGCACUAGUUCCAGCGCUACAGCCUCGAGCAGUAGAGCUCCUCCAACUGAUGAAGUAAGAGCUCCAAUACCCCAAAAGCAGGAAAUCUUGGUUGAACCAGAGCCAUUAUUUGGAGUGCCAAAGCGAAGACGACCUGCCCGUUCAAUAUUUGAUGGCUUUCGUGAUUUCCAAACAGAAACAAUACGCCAGGAGCAGGAGCUGAGAAAUGGUGGAGCAGUAGACAAGAAACUUAGCACCCUGGCAGACCUUUUCCGUCCGCCCAUUGAACUCAUGCACAAAGGAAGCUUUGAAACAGCAAAGGACUGUGGACAGCUGGAGAAUAAGUGGCUUAUGAUAAACAUUCAAAAUGUUCAAGACUUUGCUUGCCAGUGCUUGAACAGAGAUGUUUGGAGCAAUGACGCUGUGAAGACCAUCAUCAGAGAGCAUUUUAUAUUUUGGCAGGUCUAUCAUGAUAGUGAAGAAGGACAAAGAUAUAUCCAAUUUUAUAAGCUAAACAAGUUUCCUUAUAUUUCAAUCUUAGAUCCACGUACAGGCCAGAAGAUGGUGGAAUGGAACCAGUUAGAUGUGUCAUCUUUUCUGGAGCAGGCGACAGGCUUUCUUGCUGAACAUGGGCAGUUAGACGGCCCAUCCUGCCCUGCCCCUCCUGCAAAAAGAGCACGCUCAGAGAGCUUGAUCGAUGCCAGUGAGGAUAGUCAGUUGGAGGCAGCAAUACGUGCAUCGUUACAGGAGACUCAUUAUGAGUCUUCAAAUGUCCCAGACGCAUCAGACUCCCUGAGAUCUGAUGAAGAUUCAGAAGCUGAACCUUUCUCUGACAGCGAGGGGCCCAUCUCUGUGGACGGUUCAGAUGGUGAACUGCCUGAGCCCCAAGAAGAGAGAGGUCCUUCCACUAAGCAUGCCUCAGCUCCGACCUCUGUCCCACAGCGAUUGCAUCGUGAUAGUUCCCCUUCAUGUCACAGAAAGUCCCCAUACAAAGAGAACAACCAGAGUCACAAGAAAGAGGAGAGUAAAAAGAAUCAUCUGGAGACUCCAACUAACAGUGGACUUCAUCCUCAGGCUGAGGUAGAUUCUAAGAGUGACCACUGUACCAAAGCAUCCAAAAGUGAUGGACCUUGCAAAAAAAGCACUUCCAAAUCCAGCGACAUUGACUGCCCUGAUGAUAAUGGUCCUAAAGCCAGAUUGAUGCUACGUUACCCAGAUGGUCAAAAAGAACAGAUUUCAUUGUCUUCAAAAGCAAAACUUCUGGCAUUGGUAAAACAUGUGCAGUCAAAGGGCUACCCCAAUGAACGCUUUGAACUUGUCACCAACUUCCCAAGAAGAAAGCUCGCCCAUUUGGACUAUGACAUCACUCUGCAGGAGGCGGGGCUAUGUCCACAGGAGACUGUAUUUGUCCAGGAGAGGAAUUAACCUUCAAAAGGCUCACCUCUGCUUGUUUUUUUUUCUGCUAGACCUCACCGUUUCACCAAUGAUCUGGGACAAUGAUUCUGGCUGUUGUCCAAGAUCAAAAUUUUUGUGGAAUGAAUGAAAGAUGUGCUACUUCAAUCAAAUAUUGACAUCUCAACUGUCCUUUUAGGGCCCUUAAUUUUGUCAGUUACAUGAUGAUGACAGCAUUAUUGAAAUUCACUUUUAUAUUCUGACCCACUUAACAAUUUUCUUCAAAGAAAGACAGAACAGAAUAUAAGUUUCUAAAAGUAUAGCACAUGUGUACAGUCGAAGUGGUUCUGUAACGUUGGAUGAGACACCACGGACUAAUGAAGACGUACAGUAUGUUCCAACAAUGGAUAUUACAAGACAGACUUUAUUUUCUUGCUAUCCUGUCAUUUCUUUGGGCAGGCAAAGGGAAUUUUCUUAAUUUGAACCAGUUUGGAAAAAAUGAUUUUAUUCAAAUACAAAUUUCAACCAUACAUCAUGUUUGGGAUGUUAUCACACGUAGAACUUAAGGACUUUUUUUUUAUAAAGUUGGAUCAGACGGAUUAGGACAUGGUCUUCAAGUUGUGACUUUGAAAGGGUAGGAAGUUCAUCUCCUAAAUCGGACCUAGACUCUACACUGAGAUGGCUUGGUGAGACAGAUAAUUGGCUGUUGUAAAUGUGUUUUUUUAUAUGCUGCCAAGAAAGUAUGCUGAUGUAAAAUAUACCCACCAAAAUAUGGGACAUUGGUGUUUUGGUACUUAUUGAUUCUUCAACAUUUGUUAAUUGAAUUUCGGUUACAUAAAUGGCACACACUGAAAGAUAUAGUAGUGUAGGUGUUUUUUACGUUACGUUUUACUCUAAAUUUUACAUUUUAAUGUAGGGUUGGGCGAUAAAAUGAUUCAUGUGACAAUUUUUUGUGAUAUUGUCAAAUUGUGAUUCAGUUCUUCUCUGUUUAUAAAGUACACAAAUUGUGAUAAAUUGUAAUAUGGCAUAUCGCCCACCCCUAUUUUAAUGUGAUUUGAAAUACUUCACAAGAAAAAUAUAUAUUUUUGUAUUCUGAUAAAUAAAUUCACCAUUCUUUACAUAAAA